AUGUUAUCGAGAAGGCUAUUGCCAUUAGUGUAUCGGAGCAGUGCCACUGCUACCGUCGGGAGACUGUUGCAUACUGGGACCGUUACAUUACAGAACAACUCGAGGAUAUUUUUCAACAGAGAGAGACUACUGCACGAAGCUGGGCAACCAAUCCAUGAGACAAGACCAAACUUGAUUAAAAGUGGGGACCUCACUCUUGGGAUAACCGCGAUAGAGUACCACACACGCCGUGCCCAAUUGAUAAGUCAAGUACCAAAAGGUUCAUGCAUUAUUAUCCCGAGUGGCACGGUUAAAUUUGCGUCAGGGGCAGUGUUCUACCCGUUCCAGCAGGAUAACGACUUCUACUACUUGUCAGGUUGGAAUGAGCCAAAUUCAUUGAUUGUCCUGGAGAAGACUAGCGAUUCUGAGUUUCAAUUCACGAUGUUUGUUCCGCCAAAGGACAAUUUUGCAGAGAAAUGGGAAGGGUUUAGAACCGGUGUAGAUGGCGCCAUGGAAAUCUUCAAUGUGGAUAAAGCAUUCAGUAUCAACUCAGUGGACCAUAUGCUUCCAAAGAUUCUGAAGAGAUGCUCCAAUAUUUGGUUCGAUGAACAGAAUCCAAAUUUGAAUGCCAAGGUAAAGAAACUUAUUGAUGCCAAUUGUAACCCUCUGAAAGUAGUCAAAAACCACAAACGGCUGCUGGCACAGCUGAGAAAGAUUAAGUCGCCCGCGGAGUUGAAUGUUAUGAGAAGGGCUGGCCAGAUUUCGGGAAGGUCGUACAACCAGGCAUUUGCUAAGAGAUUCCGUAACGAACGGUCUCUGGCCUCCUUCCUGGAAUACAAGUUUAUCAGUGGUGGGUGCGACAAGAACGCUUACAUCCCUGUUGUUGCCACGGGGUCCAACGCAUUGUGUAUCCAUUACACUAGAAACGACGACAUAAUGUACGAGGACGAAAUGGUGCUUGUGGACGCAGCAGGGUCCCUUGGCGGUUACCGUUCCGAUAUAUCUAGAACGUGGCCCGUUAGCGGGACAUUUACACAGCCACAGCGAGACAUGUACCAGGCGGUUUUGAAUGUACAGAGAAGAUGCAUCGAACUGUGCAAGGAGUCGAACGGACUGUCUUUAAAUGACAUACACGAGAAAAGUAUUGAGUACAUGAAACAAGAGAUCAGGAAUCUGGGUAUGUCCAACGCCAGCAAUUGGGACGUUGAAAGGUUGUAUCCACAUUACAUUGGUCACAAUUUGGGACUGGAUGUCCACGAUGUCCCAGAGGUAUCCCGGAGAGAACUGCUGAAGCAGGGCCAAGUAAUCACCAUUGAACCGGGACUGUACAUCCCUGAUGACGCAAGUUUUCCAGCUCAUUUCAGAAACCUCGGUAUAAGGAUAGAAGAUGAUAUCGCCGUGGGCAAAGAAACAUACACCAACUUGACCGUAGAGGCUGUCAAGGAAAUCGACGAUCUGGAAAACAUUAUGUCCAACGGCAAAACGCUGACACCAUUCGAGGACGACGUCGUGUCUCCCCUGGCUCUUGAAUGA